CUCCAUGCUUUUUCUCUAUCUUCAUCACACACACUUCAAUCUUUUUCACUUUUGUCUUUCCUUGUCCUCUAAUUGUUGCCAUAAAUUAAUUAAUAUUCCCCAUCCCUCUCCUCACACAGAGAAGCUAGAAAUCCAUGGGGUUUCAGCUUUUGGAGAAGAAAUGUGAGAAAGAUCUUGGUUUAAGCUAGUGCCCUCAACGCAAGCAACAACAAACAACCAACAGCCUCACCCGACAGUCCUAGUAGAGUUCAACAGAAACAGCCCAGCUACUACUAUCUAAUGGGGUCGGAGCAAAAUCGAUUUCCUCAGCACGAAAGAAUUAUUUGCCAGUGUGAUAAGGGCUUUUGGGGUUAGAUCUGAGGUCCCAACGAAAGAGAUGGGGAGGAUGCUGGGGUGCAUUUUCUUGUUUUGGUUCACAGAAAGGUGGAAAGCGCAUUGUGCCUGCAUCUCGCAUUCCUGAGAGUAGCGGGCCAGCCUCUCAGCCAAAUGGACCUCAAGUGGUUGGGUUGACAAAUCAAGCCACAGGACUAGCUCCUUCUCUCUUAGCCCCACCUUCUUCACCAGCAUCCUUCACUCAUUCUGCCCUUCCUUCCACUGCACAAUCACCUAGUUGUUUCUUAUCCUUAUCUGCUAACUCACCUGGUGGUCCUUCAUCUACAAUGUAUGCCACAGGACCAUACGCUCAUGAAACACAGCUAGUGUCUCCUCCAGUCUUCUCAAACUUCACUACUGAACCAUCAACUGCCCCUCUCACUCCUCCACCUGAGUUGGCUCAUUUAACAACUCCCUCUUCCCCAGAUGUUCCUUUUGCUCAUUUUCUCUCAUCUUCUGUGGAUCUCAAAAACAGUGAUAAGGGUAACUACAUCAGUGCAAAUGAUCUUCAAGCUACAUAUUCACUCUACCCUGGAAGUCCUGCCAGCAGCCUUAUAUCUCCAAUAUCAAGAAACUCAGGUGACUGUUUAUCAUCUUCUUUUCCUGAACGGGAGUUCCGUCCACAGUGGGAUUCAUCAUUGUCUCCUGAGAAUGGAAAAUAUCAGAGAACAGGGUCGGGGAGGGUAUCUGGGCAUGACACAAAUGGUGUCACUAGUGCAUCCCAAGAUACAAAUUUCUUUUGCCCUGCCACCUAUGCACAAUUCUACUUGGACCAAAAUCCUCCAUUUCCUCAUAAUGGUGGGAGAUUAAGUGUUUCAAAAGAUUCAGAUGUUCAAUCUACUGGUGGAAAUGGACAUCAGAGUAGGCAUGCUAGAAGUCCUAAGCAGGAUGUGGAAGAAAUAGAAGCUUACCGGGCAUCGUUUGGUUUCAGUGCAGAUGAGAUUAUAACUACCUCUCAAUAUGUGGAAAUUUCUGAUGUAAUGGAGGAUUCAUUUACUAUGAUGCCCUUUGCCUCUGGCAAGUCUACAAUGGAAGAAAACAUAGAGCCUUCAUUAAUGAAAGGGUUCAAAGCUCAGGAGACUCAGGUGGCAUUGCGGAGUAGUCUUGGCUCAGAUCCAGGUCCAGUAGGCAAGGAAGCAGACAAUCAGGCCACCAUAUAUCAAGGAUAUGAAGAUCAUAAAUCACAAAGGCAUGGUAGCAACAGCUCUGGGUUCAGCACACCAGAGAACCCUACUCUUGUAGAUGAUGAGGAUAUAUUCUCAAAAAUGGAAUCUUCCAGAAUUAGCAGGAAAUAUAAGAUGGGGUUAUCGUGCUCCGAUGCUGAGAUUGACUACAGGAGAGGAAGAAGCUUACGAGAAGGAAAGCGAAUGUGAUUUGGCAUGACUAAGAAUUAAUCAGUUGAGAACAGAUUAUCUGUUAUCUGUGUAUUAAUUUGUAGCUUUGUUUCAAAAAAAGAAAAAGAAAUUCUUUACUUGGGGUUGUCUAAUAGAUGGGAUGACCUAACUUAGAUCUAACCGAUUCUGUCCAUCGUGUUUGACCCGAUCUUACUGAUCAACGAAUGUAGUCUCUUUCUUCAAGCGAGUUCAGAUUAAUGUUUGAAGUGAAUGAAGUUUGGUUUUAAACAA